AUGGGGGCGGGGGGCGUCGGGCUCCUCACCUGCUUGCACAGGGGCAAACUGACGAGGCCCGGCCGGCCAAAGGGGGCGCUUGGUCGCCCUUUGUUUUCUCAUCUAUGUUUCCGCGCCGGCGCCUCGAGUCCGACCGAGUGCGCGGGCGCGCGCGUUCGGCCCUGCCGGCCUCGAUUUACCAUAGCGGGAGCGGCCUAUUGUGUUUGCGGCCUCGUCGCGGCCCCAUAUGAAGCGGUUUUCGCCAGCUGCCGCCGGCGGGCCUGCAGGGUCCCAUUGGCUGGGCUUGGUUGCGCAUGUGCUGGCACGCAAUGUAGUAUGUGCAGAUCGACUGCGAUCAGGGAGCC